AUGUGCCUACGCACUAUCUUCUCUCUCCUCCCCCCCCUCCUCCUAAUCUUGCCCCUCCUCAACCUCCCCCUCACAGCACACGCCAAAAAACUCAAAACCGGCCCCGAAAUCUUCGGCACCCACAACCCCAUCUCCGAGUCCGACAUGCAUCAAGCCAUCUUCUGUCUCCACGCCAACGUCUGCUCUAAAGGCCCCAUGCCCUCACACUCCAAGGCGCGCUGCACCAUCAACGAUUCUGUCGCGUACAUGUGCAACUACCGCGGCACGUACGACUUCAAAGGCACGAAGCGCGACUGCGACAUCCGGGAGUUAUACGAAGCGUGGGCGUGGAUACGGGUGACUCAGAAUAGUAGUACCGGGUGGUACUACGAUGGAGAGUGGACGGCAGGAUUUGAUCGGAGGUUUAGCAAGAUGGCGCCGUCAACACGCUCCUCCCUCUCCAGCAGCGACGAGUCUGCUUCUUUCACCUCCGCGGGUCCUGCGCCCCUGACUUUCCCCCAGCCGACAUACUUCAAGAGGCCGACGACGGUGCAGCCUAUGCAGCAGGAGCCUAUGACUAUGGCGCCACGCCGGGCAGUGGUCAGUCCCCGAUUCUCUGAAGAUAAAAUGGCCACCGAUCAGAUCGAUGCCAGGCCAACAGCCGCCGAGGCUCACAAGCUCUUUGAGCAGACGCUGAAGGCUAGCGCGAGCACUGAGAAAGCCCCGCGGCCGACCCUGCUGCCUGUGUGCGUCACGGUGCCGUCAGAUCUUCUGACGCCGUCGGCGAUUUAUCUUAAGCUGUCUAAUGGCGCUACGGCCGAGUACUCAUUCCUCCUAGAGAGUGCUACAGGCAGCACAGAAACGGUUGGACGUUAUAGCUUUAUUGGAGCCAACCCCCGUAAAGUUUUAGCCACGGGCCCCAGCUACCAAGAUGUCGGCGACCCUCUACGUGCCCUCGAGGCCGAGCUCGCCCAAGACAGCGUGCUCGCCAUCCCCUCCCUCAAGCUCCCCUCCUUGACUGGAGGUGCCGUCGGCUAUCUCUCGUACGACUGCAUCAUGUACUUCGAGCCGAAGACCGCCCGGCCUCUGAAGGACAACCUGCACAUCCCCGAGGCCCUGUUCAUGCUGUUCGAUACGCUGGUUAUCUUCGAUCACUUCAACCAGACCCUUACCAUUGUCACGCACAUGCGUCUUCCCUCCUCCCUCGACGGCUUCCAGGGCGCAUAUGACGCUGCGAUCGCUACUUUAAAGGAGACCCUCGACCGCAUCCAAACCCCUGAGACCCCCCUCCCCCCAAAAUCCGACUGCCACCCUUCCUCCAGCGAAGUCAAAUACGAAUCCAACGUCGGUCGUCACGGAUACGAAGGAUUCGUGACCGUACUAAAAGAGCACAUCAUUAAAGGCGACAUCAUCCAAGCGGUCCCUUCGCAACGCUUCUCACGCCCCACUACGCUCCACCCCUUCAACAUCUACCGCACUCUGCGCACGCUCAACCCCUCACCCUACCUCUUCUUCCUUUCCUGUAAGGAAUUUCACAUCGUAGGUGCCUCGCCCGAGUGUCUGAUGAAGACGGACGGGUAUGCAACCCUGCCUGUGGAUGCGAGGUUUGCGUAUUCUACAGAGGAGCAGGCCCGGCUAAGGCCACGCAUUGUCAACCAUGCCAUUGCUGGGACGAUUAGAAGAGGAGCCAACCCGGCCGAAGACGAUGCCCUCGCCGCGCAGCUGCAGGCCAGCACCAAGGACCGCGCCGAGCACGUCAUGCUUGUUGAUCUCGCUCGCAAUGAUGUGAAUCGCGUCUGCCACCCUAGCACGGUCAAGGUCGACCGACUAAUGCGGAUUGAUCGGUUUUCGCACGUGCAGCACCUCACGUCAGAGGUAUCCGGCCUUCUCAGGCCGGAGUGCACACGCUGGGACGCGAUGCGGAGUAUCUUCCCGGCCGGAACCGUCUCUGGCGCGCCGAAGAUCCGCGCGAUGGAGUUAAUCUACGACCUUGAACAGGAAAAAAGGGGAAUUUAUGCCGGUGCGGUGGGAUGGUUUGCGUAUGAUGUUGUUAGGGUCAAUGAAAAGGGGGUAACGGAGCUGGACGACGGGCAAAUGGAUACUUGUAUUGCGAUUCGGACGAUGCUGAUUAAGGAUCGCGUGGCGUAUUUGCAGGCAGGGGGCGGGAUUGUGUUUGAUAGCGAGAAGACAGAGGAGUGGAUGGAGACGAUGAAUAAGUUGGCUGCGAACCUGAGAUGUAUCGAGUUGGCGGAGAAGUAUUAUGGGGGGAAGGUGGAGGGCGGGAAGUCAGUACAGGAAAUUAUUGAAGAGGAGAGAAGGAAGGGGGAGGAGUAUUAUAAAGCGCAGACUAUGGGGGCGGGGAAUUAG